AUGGACACUGUCAGACUUCGUGAUGAUCCCUUCGAGGAUGAUGACCCCCUGGAGGAAGAUGCACAACAUAGAUCAGAAACUGCAGGAUCUAUUUUGGAGAUGUACAAGAAGAGAGCUAAAGAAGUGACACAUAGUCUGCAGCAGGCCAUGGUCCAGGAACAUAUUCCUGCGAUUCGUUCCUUCACUGCUGUGGCUGACGAGUUGUUGACCACCACCCUCGAUGAUGGAAGCAAUGUUGUCCGAGGAGAUGUGCGUUCCUCGCUUUCACAGAAGAAGCGCAAGGGGAUGGAGGCCCUGAAGGUGUUUCACGAGUACAGCGAGUUGGAAUUGAAAGAUUGGCGCUAUCGAAGGCAAGCCUUGCGGCUCCAGCAUGUGACAAACACCUUUGACAAUGAUCAAAAAGCCGUCAUAUGCACCAUGUUCAAUGCUCUACACAAACAUCGACAGUUUCGCGGACUGGCUAGUCAGUAUGGACCUGUGUGUGAUGCACCUGCAGCAUGGGAAUCUGUGGAUCGCAUUCUUCGAAAUGAUGCACUUGCCGUGAAACGCGACAGGGUUGCAUUUCUCCAUUUAGCUAUGUUCUUUUUGCUGCAUCAAAAUCAGGAGGCUGAGCUUUCCCCACUAUACCGGUUUGCUGCUGACUGGGUAUUUGCUCUGCAAGCCAUGGGAGCAUUCUUAUUCAGCAUCUAUUUCGAAGAAGAUGUAGCUGCUGGCCGGGCCAUUUGUAUUGAAUCAGGUUUGCCGGUAGAUCUUCGUCGAGAUGACGAACAGUUUUUGUUAUAUUUCUAUUUUGAACCUUCUGGACAAGCCCGGGUCACUUUACUGAAUGAUGUCCGAAACUGGUCUGGUGCUUUGCAACUGCGGGACUUGGAGCCACCAAUCCGCAUCCCUGGUUUUUGUCGACAAAGAUGCUUCCAUGUCGAGCAAGAUUUGUAUGAUCCCUCUGACGUCCAAGUUCAAGGUGCCGCCUUUCUGUCCUUUACCAUCUUAGACUUUGCAAAGGAAUUCCAUUGGCAGCGCCAGCAGCUUGGCUCUCUGAUCUCAAAAACAGAUGAAGAGAUGGCUGAGUACUGGCUUGCUGGGCACAAUGGUGCCUCGUCUGCAGGCUUGCUUCCAAACAGUGAAGCUUCACGCAAGUGGAUAGUGCGUCUCGCGAACCGCAGGCAGCGCGCUCUCUUGGGGCGCUGGAACUUGGGCCUGCGUCAUACAGAGGUUGCAUAUGCUUCGUCUCGGAAGCAUGUAAGAAUGACCAAUGAUCGAUCAAUUGAUGCUGUGCAAGAACUCUGGGGAAGUAAAGGUUCGGAGGGAAUCAUGCCCAUAUCCCUGGAGCCUCCAAAUGAUGCGAUGGACUGGGCAUUGGAAGGCUUCUUGCAGCAAUGUCUUCAAGAUGGGAAGGAUGACCUCGGACUAGAAGAGGAGGGCAUUGCAGUCUUGGCUGUUUGCACAGAGGAGGAGCUGCUUGUUGAAGUUGCGCAGCAACGUCCUGAACUUGCCUGGCUUUUAGACCCCACGCUUCGACAGGAACAGGAACGACGCGCGGAAGAGAUUCGAUCCCAUUGGAACCGCUUGGGCGUUGAAGGUCCAUCGAGAAGAUGGCUGAAACGGAAGCAGGAGACGGCUGCUCCUGCGCUAGAGGCUCCCGGCAAAGGUCCUUCUGCCAAGGACGAGGUCCAAUCAAUGCUCGAGGUGCUCUCUCAGAAGCGAAUGAAGUUCCGCCGGGUCCUCCGAGGAGUGCGGCUGCUGCAGCGGUUGGAGCUUUUGUCCAGUGAGAAGCUACGGGUCUUGACGCAUGGAUCGCACAUGGUUUUCCAUGGACCUGGUGGGGCAGCAACAUUGGUUCGAGAGCACAAAGGUCCAAGGCUGAGCCGGAAGAGGAGCCGGCUGGGGCUUGGUCCAGAGAGGGGCACUGAAUGCAGUCCUCAGGCAGUGCCAGACGACGAGUUUGCGCAGUUCUGCCGGGCCAACUUCCGAGCAAGUCAGGAAGAACGGGUGGUCUACGAGGAGGUGGUGGAGGAGCCCGUCAGGCAGGUCAUCGAGACGAAGGGCGAGCCGGAAGGUGAAAGACCUGCGGAGAGCCAGGAGAAGAAACGUGCUGAUCCGCGACCGCCCUUGCCCAGGCGAAAGAGGGCCAAGCACGACCAGGACCGAAAAACGCUUCAGGAGCCGAGGGGCCCCCAGCCGCCCCCCUUUGCGCCGCCGCCGUUGCUGCUGCGGGCGACGGCGAAGAUGGCAUCGGCGCCGCCACCGAUGCCGCCACCGACCACAAAGGUGCCGAAGGCGUCCGAGCCACCGGGCCGCGAGGCCCGCCCUCGCACCGUCUUCGCCCGCGAGGAGGAGGAGGUAGCGCAGGAGGAUGAGAAGAUGGUGAGCCCACGUAACGCACCCAAUGGAAAGGAGAGCUGGAAGGCACCAAGCCCUCCGCGAACGGCGCCGAGCCCUCCGCGCGAGCCGCCGCCCUUCCCGGGCCCGCCGGGGCCGCCGCCGGGGCCGCCGCCGAGGAGGGUCACGGCCCAAGUGGUUCUGCUCCCCAAGGAGCAGCGAACGGAUGACACCAACGGAGACCGCACCAACGGCGACCGCGCGCCGCCGCCGGAGCCUGCAGAACCGCCCUCGCGGCGGCCGCCGCCGAAGCAGCCGCCGAGGCCGCCGCCGCCGAAGCAGCCGCCGCGGGCGGAAGGCAAAGGCAAAGGCAAAAGCAAAGAGGGGAAAAGGAAGAAACCCACGUGGGACAGCCGGAACAGACGGUACAAAGACGAGUCGCCUGACCCGGCUCCAACGAACGGCGCCGCCACGUCCGAGUCCGGCCAGACGGGCGGUGCCCGUGCGGCGGAGCCGGCGGAGGCCCCGCGGGUCCGUGCGGAAGCGACCGGCGACGAUUGGGGUGACUGGAGCUGGAAGGAUCAGAGUUGGUGGGAGUCCUCCUGGAAGCGGAGCAGGCGGUGACGAGGAGAGGGGUUCCGCACGCCACGGGAGGCGGUGCCUCGAUCGAGGCCUCGAAGGGUCGGAGGUGGACCCUUUUUCCCCACAAAAGGUCCGAGAGGGGUUCCUUGGUGUUUUUCUUGUGAACUGGGUCGAAACAGACCUGGAAGUGGAUUUCUACAUCACACAAACAAGAGACUUGGUUCUCCUCCAUGUCCGAUCCUUUCUUUGCGUAGGUGCAGGAAUUCUUGAGCUAGCACACCUGAAAGACACUCUGAAAUCCAACGGUGGGUUGCCCUGUUGCUUUUUGGCUUUGGGAUUUUGUCCCGAACCUGAACCUUCGCACACACGACUGUGACGGCGGGUCGAUGCACUCCUUGACAUCAUCAUGGGCCAAGGAGGAUGGG